AUGCGCAGCCGGGCGGCCCGCACCCGCCUUCCCACGCAGCUGCCGCCGCCGCCGCCGCUGCCGCCGCCGCCGCUGCUGCCGCUGCUGCUGCUGCUGCUGCUGCUUCCGCCACUACUGGGAGACCAAGUGGGGCCCUGUCGUUCCCUGGGGACCGGAGGACGGGGCUCCUCCGGGGCCUGCGCCCCCGUGGGCUGGCUCUGUCCGGCCUCAGCCUCGAACCUCUGGCUCUACACCAGCCGCUGCAGGGAUGCGGGGACCGAGCUGACUGGCCAUCUGGUGCCACAUCACGAUGGGCUGAGGGUCUGGUGUCCAGAAUCCGGGGCCCACAUCCCCCUGCCGCCAGCCCCCGAAGGCUGCCCCUGGCGCUGUCACCUCCUGGGCAUUGGAGGCCACGUUUCCCCACAGGGCAAGCUCACCCUGCCCCAUGAGCACCCGUGCUUGAAGGCCCCCAGGCUGAGAUGCCAGUCCUGCAAGCUGUUGCAGACCCCAGGGUUCAGGGCAGGGGAAAGGUCAGCAGAAGAAUCCCCGGGCGGGCGUCGGAAAAGGAAUGUAAAUACAGCACCCCAGUUCCAGCCCCCCAGCUACCAGGCUACAGUGCCUGAGAACCAGCCAGCAGGUACCCCUGUGGCAUCCCUGCGGGCCAUUGACCCAGAUGAGGGUGAAGCAGGUCGGCUUGAGUACACCAUGGAUGCCCUCUUCGAUAGCCGCUCCAACCAUUUCUUCUCCCUGGACCCCAUCACUGGCGCUGUAACCACAGCUGAGGAGCUGGAUCGAGAGACCAAGAGCACCCACGUGUUCAGGGUCACUGCGCAGGAUCACGGCAUGCCCCGACGCAGUGCCCUGGCCACACUCACAAUCUUGGUGACGGACACCAAUGAUCAUGACCCUGUUUUUGAGCAGCAGGAAUAUAAGGAGAGCCUCAGGGAAAACCUGGAGGUUGGCUAUGAGGUGCUUACUGUCAGAGCCACGGAUGGUGACGCCCCUCCCAAUGCCAAUAUUCUGUAUCGCCUGCUGGAGGGGCCUGGGGGCAGCCCCUCAGAAGUCUUUGAGAUUGACCCUCGUUCUGGGGUGAUCCGAACCCGUGGCCCUGUGGAUAGGGAAGAGGUGGAAUCCUACCAGUUGACAGUGGAAGCAAGUGACCAGGGUCGGGACCCCAGUCCACGGAGUGCCACAGCCGCCGUUUUCUUGUCUGUGGAGGAUGACAAUGAUAAUGCACCCCAGUUCAGUGAGAAGCGCUACGUGGUCCAGGUGCGAGAGGAUGUGACCCCGGGGGCCCCAGUACUCAGAGUCACAGCCUCAGAUCGAGACAAGGGCAGCAACGCCCUGGUGCAUUACAGCAUCAUGAGUGGCAAUGCUCGGGGACAGUUUUACCUGGAUGCCCAGACUGGGGCUCUGGAUGUGGUGAGCCCUCUUGACUAUGAGACGACUAAGGAGUACACCCUACGGGUUCGGGCACAGGAUGGUGGCCGCCCCCCGCUCUCCAAUGUCUCUGGCCUGGUAACAGUGCAGGUCCUAGAUAUCAAUGACAAUGCUCCCAUCUUUGUCAGCACCCCCUUCCAGGCUACUGUCCUGGAGAGUGUCCCCUUAGGCUACCUGGUUCUCCAUAUCCAGGCCAUUGACGCUGAUGCUGGUGACAAUGCCCGCCUGGAAUACUGCCUCGCUGGGGUUGGGAUUGACUUCCCCUUCACCAUCAACAAUGGCACAGGUUGGAUCUCUGUGGCUGCUGAGCUGGACCGGGAGGAAGUUGAUUUCUAUAGCUUUGGGGUGGAAGCCCGAGACCAUGGCACCCCAGCACUCACUGCCUCGGCCAGUGUGAGUGUGACUAUCCUGGAUGUUAAUGACAACAACCCGACCUUUACCCAACCAGAGUACACGGUGCGGCUCAAUGAGGAUGCAGCUGUGGGCACCAGUGUGGUGACCGUGUCAGCCGUGGACCGUGAUGCCCACAGCGUUAUCACCUACCAGAUCACCAGUGGCAAUACCCGGAACCGCUUCUCCAUCACCAGCCAGAGUGGUGGUGGGCUGGUGUCCCUCGCUCUGCCACUGGACUAUAAACUUGAGCGGCAAUAUGUGCUGGCUGUCACUGCCUCCGACGGCACGAGGCAGGACACAGCACAGGUAGUGGUCAAUGUCACUGAUGCCAACACCCAUCGUCCGGUCUUUCAGAGCUCCCACUAUACGGUGAAUGUUAAUGAGGAUCGGCCAGCAGGCACCACAGUGGUGCUGAUCAGUGCCACAGACGAGGACACAGGUGAGAAUGCCCGCAUCACCUACUUUAUGGAAGAUAGCAUCCCUCAGUUCCGUAUCGACGCAGACACAGGGGCUGUCACGACUCAAGCAGAGCUGGACUAUGAGGACCAGGUAUCCUACACCCUGGCCAUCACUGCCCGGGACAAUGGCAUUCCCCAGAAGUCUGACACCACCUACCUGGAGAUCCUGGUGAAUGAUGUGAAUGACAAUGCCCCUCAGUUCCUACGAGACUCCUACCAGGGCAGCAUCUAUGAGGAUGUGCCCCCUUUCACCAGUGUCCUGCAGAUCUCAGCCACUGACCGUGACUCUGGCCUUAAUGGCAGGGUCUUCUACACCUUUCAAGGGGGCGAUGAUGGAGAUGGUGACUUUAUCGUCGAGUCCACGUCGGGCAUUGUGCGGACACUUCGGAGGCUGGAUCGUGAGAAUGUGGCCCAGUACAUCUUGCGGGCAUAUGCAGUGGACAAAGGCAUGCCUCCAGCCCGCACACCCAUGGAAGUGACGGUCACUGUGUUGGACGUGAACGAUAAUCCACCUGUCUUUGAGCAGGAUGAGUUUGAUGUAUUUGUGGAAGAGAACAGCCCCAUUGGGCUGGCCGUGGCCCGGGUCACAGCUACAGACCCUGAUGAAGGCACCAAUGCCCAGAUCAUGUACCAGAUUGUAGAGGGCAACAUCCCUGAGGUCUUCCAGCUGGACAUCUUCUCAGGGGAGCUAACUGCUCUGGUGGACCUGGACUACGAGGACCGGCCUGAAUACAUCCUGGUCAUUCAGGCCACAUCGGCUCCCCUGGUGAGCAGGGCCACAGUCCACGUCCGCCUACUUGACCGCAACGACAACCCUCCAGUGCUAGGCAACUUUGAAAUCCUUUUUAACAACUAUGUCACCAACCGCUCCAGCAGCUUCCCCGGGGGUGCCAUCGGCCGUGUGCCUGCCCAUGACCCUGACAUCUCAGACAGCUUGACUUACAGCUUUGAACGGGGAAAUGAACUCAGCUUGGUGUUGCUCAAUUCCUCCACCGGGGAGCUGAGGUUGAGCCGGGCCCUGGACAACAAUCGUCCUCUGGAGGCCAUCAUGAGCGUGCUGGUUUCAGAUGGUGUGCACAGUGUGACUGCCCAGUGCGCACUGCGCGUCACCAUCAUCACGGAUGAGAUGCUCACGCACAGCAUCACGCUGCGCCUGGAGGACAUGUCGCCGGAGCGCUUCCUGUCGCCGCUGCUGGGCCUCUUCAUCCAGGCCGUGGCGGCCACGUUGGCCACGCCCCCCGACCACGUGGUGGUUUUCAACGUGCAGCGGGACACGGACGCCCCUGGCGGCCACAUCCUCAACGUGAGCCUGUCGGUGGGCCAGCCGCCGGGUCCUGGGGGCGGGCCGCCCUUCCUGCCCUCGGAGGACCUGCAGGAGCGCCUGUACCUCAACCGCAGCCUGCUGACCGCCAUCUCGGCCCAGCGCGUGCUGCCCUUCGACGACAACAUCUGCCUGCGCGAGCCCUGCGAGAACUACAUGCGCUGCGUGUCUGUGCUGCGCUUCGACUCCUCGGCGCCCUUCAUCGCCUCCUCGUCCGUGCUCUUCCGACCCAUCCAUCCCGUGGGGGGGCUGCGCUGCCGCUGCCCGCCUGGCUUCACGGGCGACUACUGCGAGACCGAGGUGGACCUCUGCUACUCGCGGCCCUGCGGACCCCACGGGCGCUGCCGCAGCCGCGAGGGCGGCUACACCUGCCUCUGCCGCGACGGCUACACGGGUGAGCACUGUGAGGUGAGUGCCCGCUCAGGCCGCUGCAGUCCAGGUGUCUGCAAGAAUGGGGGCACCUGUGUUAACCUGCUGGUAGGUGGCUUCAAGUGCGACUGCCCGUUGGGAGACUUCGAGAAGCCCUACUGCCAGGUGACCACACGCAGCUUCCCUGCUCGCUCCUUCAUCACCUUCCGUGGCCUGCGCCAGCGCUUCCACUUCACCCUGGCCCUCUCGUUUGCCACCAAGGAGCGUGACGGGCUACUGCUAUACAAUGGGCGCUUCAAUGAGAAGCAUGAUUUUGUGGCCCUCGAGGUGAUCCAGGAACAGAUCCAGCUCACCUUCUCUGCAGGGGAGUCGACCACCACCGUGUCCCCAUUCGUGCCCGGAGGGGUCAGUGAUGGCCAGUGGCACACAGUACAGCUGAAGUACUACAAUAAGCCACUAUUGGGCCAGACAGGACUCCCUCAGGGCCCAUCAGAACAGAAGGUGGCCGUGGUGACCGUGGAUAGCUGUGACACAGGGGUGGCCCUGCGCUUCGGAGCUGUGCUGGGCAACUACUCCUGUGCUGCCCAGGGUACCCAGGGUGGCAGCAAGAAGUCUCUGGAUCUGACAGGGCCCCUGCUGCUGGGUGGGGUGCCUGACCUGCCUGAGAGCUUCCCUGUCCGGACGCGGCACUUCGUGGGCUGCAUCCGGAACCUGCAAGUGGACAGUCGGCACGUGGACAUGGCCGACUUCAUCGCCAACAACGGCACCGUGCCUGGCUGCCCUGCCAAGAAGAACGUGUGUGACAGCAACACUUGCCACAAUGGAGGCACCUGUGUGAACCAGUGGGAGGUGUUCAGCUGCGAGUGCCCUCUGGGCUUCGGGGGGAAAAGCUGUGCCCAGGAAAUGUCCAACCCACAGCGCUUCCUGGGCAGCAGCCUGGUGGCCUGGCAUGGUCUCUCGUUGCCCAUCUCCCAGCCCUGGCACCUCAGCCUCAUGUUCCGCACACGCCAGGCCAACGGUGUCCUGCUGCAGGCUGUCACCAGGGGGCGAAGCACCAUCACCCUGCAGCUGCGAGAGGGCCAUGUGGUGUUGAGUGUGGAGGGUACGGGGCUCCAGGCUUCAUCUCUCCGCCUGGAGCCAGGCCGGGCCAAUGACGGUGACUGGCACCAUGCACAGCUGGCACUCGGAGCCAGCGGGGGACCUGGCCAUGCCAUCCUGUCCUUUGACUAUGGGCAGCAGCAGGCAGAGGGAAACCUGGGCCCCCGGCUGCACGGGCUGCACCUGAGCAACAUCACGGUGGGAGGAGUGCCUGGGCCAGCCAGUGGUGUGGCUCGAGGCUUCCGGGGCUGUUUGCAGGGUGUGCGGGUGAGCGAGACGCCCAAGGGUGUUAGUAGUCUGGAUCCCAGCCGCGGGGAAAGCGUCAAUGUGGAGCCGGGCUGUAGCCUGCCAGAUCCCUGUGACUCAAACCCAUGUCCUGCCAACAGCUAUUGCAGCGAUGACUGGGACAGCUAUUCCUGCAGCUGUGAUCCAGGUUACUAUGGUGACAACUGUACUAAUGUGUGUGACCUGAACCCAUGUGAGCACCAGUCCACGUGUAUCCGAAAGCCUAGUGCCCCCCAUGGCUACACCUGCGAGUGUCCCCAAAAUUAUCUUGGGCCAUACUGUGAGACCAGGAUUGACCAGCCUUGCCCCCGAGGCUGGUGGGGACACCCCACGUGCGGCCCAUGCAACUGUGAUGUCAGCAAAGGCUUCGACCCAGACUGCAACAAGACAAGUGGCGAGUGCCACUGCAAGGAGAACCAUUACCGGCCCCCUGGCAGCCCCACCUGCCUCCUGUGCGACUGCUACCCUACGGGCUCCUUGUCCCGAGUCUGUGACCCCGAGGAUGGCCAGUGUCCGUGCAAGCCGGGUGUCAUUGGGCGCCAGUGUGACCACUGUGACAACCCUUUUGCUGAGGUCACCACCAAUGGCUGUGAAGUGAAUUACGACAGCUGCCCGCGGGCCAUUGAGGCUGGGAUCUGGUGGCCCCGUACCCGCUUCGGGCUCCCUGCUGCUGCCCCCUGCCCCAGAGGCUCCUUUGGGACUGCUGUGCGCCACUGUGACGAGCACAGGGGCUGGCUCCCCCCAAACCUCUUCAACUGCACAUCAAUCACCUUCUCAGAGCUGAAGGGCUUUGCGGAGCGGCUGCAGCGGAACGAGUCGGGCCUGGACUCCGGGCGCUCCCAGCGGCUGGCCCUGCUUCUGCGCAAUGCCACACAGCACACAGCUGGCUACUUCGGCAGCGAUGUCAAGGUGGCCUACCAGCUGGCCACACGGCUGCUGGCCCACGAGAGUGCCCAGCGGGGCUUUGGGCUGUCGGCCACACAGGACGUGCACUUCACCGAGAAUCUGCUGCGGGUGGGCAGUGCCCUCCUGGACGCGGCCAACAAGCGGCACUGGGAGCUGAUCCAGCAGACAGAGGGCGGCACGGCCUGGCUGCUCCAGCACUAUGAGGCCUACGCCAGCGCCCUGGCCCAGAACAUGCGGCACACCUACCUAAGCCCCUUCACCAUCGUCACGCCCAACAUUGUCAUCUCUGUAGUUCGCUUGGACAAGGGAAAUUUCGCUGGGGCCAAGCUGCCCCGCUACGAGGCGCUGAGGGGGGAGCGGCCCCCGGACCUAGAGACAAUGGUCAUUCUGCCCGAGUCUGUCUUCAGAGAAGCACCCCCCGUGGUCAGGCCCGCAGGCCCUGGAGAGGCCCAGGAGCCAGAGGAGCUGGCACGGCGUCAGCGGCGGCACCCAGAGCUGAGCCACGGUGAGGCUGUGGCCAGUGUUAUCAUCUAUCGCACUCUGGCUGGGCUGCUGCCCCAUAACUAUGACCCGGACAAACGCAGCCUGAGGGUUCCCAAACGUCCUGUCAUCAAUACGCCUGUGGUGAGCAUCAGUGUCCAUGACGAUGAAGAGCUUCUGCCCCGCGCCCUGGACAAGCCAGUCACUGUGCAGUUCCGGCUCCUGGAGACAGAGGAGCGAACCAAGCCCAUCUGUGUCUUCUGGAACCAUUCGAUCCUGGUCAGUGGCACAGGUGGCUGGUCAGCCCGAGGCUGUGAAGUCGUCUUCCGAAACGAGAGCCAUGUCAGCUGCCAGUGCAACCACAUGACAAGCUUCGCUGUGCUCAUGGAUGUGUCCCGACGGGAGAAUGGGGAGAUUCUGCCACUGAAGACACUGACAUAUGUGGCCCUAGGGGUCACCUUGGCUGCCCUGUUGCUCACCUUCCUCUUCCUCACUCUCCUGCGUGCCCUGCGCUCCAACCAGCACGGCAUCCGGCGGAACCUGACUGCUGCUCUGGGCCUGGCUCAGCUGGUCUUCCUCCUGGGAAUCAACCAGGCUGACCUCCCUUUCGCUUGCACAGUCAUCGCCAUCCUGCUGCACUUCCUGUUCCUCUGCACCUUCUCCUGGGCUCUGCUGGAGGCCUUGCACCUGUACCGGGCGCUCACCGAGGUGCGCGACGUCAAUGCUGGCCCCAUGCGCUUCUACUACAUGCUGGGCUGGGGUGUGCCUGCCUUCAUCACAGGUCUAGCCGUGGGCCUGGACCCUGAGGGCUACGGGAACCCCGACUUCUGUUGGCUCUCCAUCUAUGAUACCCUCAUCUGGAGUUUCGCUGGCCCCGUGGCCUUUGCUGUCUCGAUGAGUGUCUUCCUGUACAUCCUGGCGGCCCGGGCAUCCUGUGCUGCCCAUCGGCAGGGCUUUGAGAAGAAAGGCCCUGUCUCAGGCCUGAGGCCCUCCUUUGCUGUCCUCCUGCUGCUGAGUGCCGCGUGGCUGCUGGCACUGCUCUCCGUCAACAGUGACACCCUCCUCUUCCACUACCUCUUUGCUGCCUGCAACUGCAUCCAGGGCCCCCUCAUCUUCCUCUCCUACGUGGUGCUUAGCAAGGAGGUCCGGAAAGCUCUCAAGUUUGCCUGCAGCCAUAAGCCGAGCCCGGACCCUGCUCUGACCACCAAGUCUACCCUGACCUCGUCCUACAACUGCCCCAGCCCAUAUGCAGAUGGCCGGCUGUACCAGCCCUAUGGAGACUCAGCUGGCUCUCUGCACAGCGCCAGCCGCUCGGGCAAGAGUCAACCCAGCUACAUCCCCUUCUUGCUGAGGGAGGAGUCCACAAUGAACCCUGGUCAAGGGCCCCCUGGCCUGGGGGACCCAAGCAGCCUAUUCCUGGAAGGUCAAGACCAGCAGCAUGAUCCUGACACAGAUUCUGACAGUGACCUGUCCCUAGAAGAUGACCAGAGUGGCUCCUAUGCCUCUACUCACUCGUCAGACAGCGAAGAGGAGGAGGAAGAAGAGGAGGCAGUCGCCUUCCCUGGAGAGCCAGGCUGGGACAGCCUGCUGGGGCCCGGAGCCGAGAGACCACCCCUGCACAGUACCCCCAAGGAUGGGGUCCCAGGGGCCGGGAAGGUCCCCUGGCCAGACUUUGGGACCACAGCAAAGGAAAGUGGUAGCAAUGGGAUCUCUGAGGAGCGGCCUCGGGAGAAUGGAGAUGCCCUGCCUUGGGAGGGGUCCCUGGGCCCCCUCCCAGGCCUUUCUGCCCAACCUCACAAAGGCAUCCUCAAGAAGAAAUGUCUGCCCACCAUCAGUGAGAAGAGCAGUCUCCUACGGCUACCCCUGGAACAGGGCACAGCGUCUUCUCGGGGCUCCUCAGCCAGCGAGGGCAGCCGGGGCGGGCCCCCUCCCCGCCCACCACCCCGACAGAGUCUCCAGGAGCAGCUGAAUGGGGUCAUGCCCAUUGCCAUGAGCAUCAAGGCAGGAACGGUGGAUGAGGACUCAUCAGGCUCCGACGAUGAAACGUCCAUCUGAGGAGCCUGGGCCUUGCCAGGAGGGGCACCCACCCCACCCAAGGCCAUCUAGUGCCAACUCCCUCCCCCACCAACCCCCUCACUGCACUUUGGACCCCUGGGGCCAACAUCUCCAAGACAAAGUUUUUCAGAAAAGCGGAAAAAACGAAUUUAAAAAAGGAUCUCCACUCUUCAUGACUUCAGGGAUUAAUUUUUUUUAUAUGCUGGAAACUGACUCCCCAUUCCCUUCCCAAAGAGGAUAGGACC